ACAUGAAUUAACGGCUCCGUUUCUUUCAUUUAAUGCAACAGAACUUUGGAAGCAGAAGCAUAACAGAAACGCGUCUGCAAAAGUUAGUUAAAGAGGACGACGGCAAUCUCCAGAGAAGGAAACCUCCAAGCCGCUAGAGGGCAGUGCGGCUUUCGAGACAAAAGGGGCGGAAUCCUUUCUUCCCUCGCUGCUUCUCGGCGUGCGGCACCGGGUGGGAGCUCGGGCGGCUGAGAAGGCGGAGCGCGCGCUCGGCGGUUCCUGCAGUCGCUAGCACGAUGAGUGCACCAAACUCUCUCUCGCGCUUGUAAAGUUUCAUCACAGUGAGAAGAAUGGGUUCGGUUUCAGAGAUGCUCACAGCAGUCCCCCUUCACAAGAGGCCUGACCUCCUUGAGGCCUGUGCUGACCUCAUCAAUGAAGAGUGGAAACGGAGCCGGACCUCCCGAAUCCACUCCCUGCAAAAAUCUAGUGACAGCUUUCCCACGUGCCUGGUACUGAUCAGAACUUUGAGACUGAUGGAGGAAACUGCAGAAGGGAAGAUGCCCAACACCCAGUGCCAACUUCUGGGACAUGCCAGGUUGUCGCGUGUGGUUGGCCAAUCCAAGAGCUUAUUUGUGGAGACUGUGGUAGUUGCCAAAGCCCUCCGUGGAAAGGGCUAUGGCAGGAAGCUGAUGGAAGCUGUUGAGAAUUUUGCAAAGGCCCAUGGCUACCAGCAUCUAUAUCUCACCACACAUGACAAGCAGCAUUUUUAUGCCCACCUGGGCUAUAGCUUGUCCAAGCCUGUCCAGUGUGCUGGAUUCACCAGUUCUCUGGUACCUAUGGAAUUUUUGGAGAACUUCUCUACUCCUCAACAUAAGACAGAGCUCCCUGCGCGAUCUGGGAAGCAUAAUACGCAUGCAUCUUACUGGAGCAGAUCUGGAGCAAAUCUCCCUCCUUCACCAUGUGCCGCACCCCAUUCCUCUUCUCCUUUUUGUUCAGUAACCCCCCCUCUGUUGCCUUCUCCUUGUUCUUAUCAUUCAGGGACAGCUACCAUUUCUCCCCAUCCCCAGUUGCCACGUCCCCACCCGUCCUCUUCCCAGCGCAUUAAUGCUCUGGUUCACUCUUCACCAUCAGCCUCCCUAUUUCCCUCUGCUGGUUGCUCUAGUGCCCCAGCUCUUCCACCCCCUCCUCCUCCCCUUCCUCCACCAAGAGCCCAGCCAAAUUCCAGUAAACCUGCCUCGUCCAGGCUGUUGGAGAAUACAGUUGAAGAACUGAUGCUUUUAGAAACACCGUAUCAGGAUCUGAAAGGGCAGCCCAUAUUCUGGAUGAAGAAGGAUAUCUAAUUUUUUUUCAUCACGUGCCAGGGCAAUAAAGAUGAAAUAAGCGAAUGAGAUAUGUUUUAAAAGGAAAGCCUGGCUUUGUGAGACAAGAGAUCACCAUUUAAAAUGAAUAAGACAACAUAUUUGGUUUUCUGUUGUUCUUUUGUAUCAAGUUCCUUUUUGUUGAAUGCGCAAGGUGUUAAGACAAAGUUCUGUAUACACUGGGUACAUUUUGAAGGCCAGCAUUUGAUUCUCAUUAUUGCCAAAGUUGUACUGGUGGGGCUAUACUGAGCUGCCCCAUAGAUUCCCUUGUUUCUAUUUUACUGCAUUUCCCCAAUUAACAAAGCACCUUCAGAACUCUGAGCUGUCCCUUCUGGCUCUGCAGGGAGUGUUCAAACACACCCCUGCAUCAGCAAGUCAGUGGUCCUGGUACAGAUGCAUAAAGGGAAUAGCUUUGGCAUCCCCUCUGUUAGGAUGUAUGCAUUAUACUCAGGCAUGGUUUAACUAUGAUUUAUUGAAUACAUCGGAGUUGGCUUGGUUUACCAAACUUGCUAAGUGAUAAACCUUGAUUUACAGCCAUCGUUAUAUUUAUUUCAAUUUAUUAUAGCUGCCCAACUCCAAUGGGCU